AGGUAAGAAAACCCUUCAUCGAACGCUUUUUCCUACACUGGGGUACUCUAGUGAACUCAACGAACAAAUCAACGCUGGCGGCGGCCAUCGUUUUUGGGCUAGGCGGCAAACCGAGAGUUUGGCAUUCACUUUCCCGCUCGAGUUCAAUUGGUGACAUACGUCUCGGUAAAUUCACUUAUAAAUUUGGAGACGACACCGUGUCGAAGAUAAACUGUUUGACUACUAUAAUGGAAUUUAAGAUACAAAUUCGCAAUUUACGCCAAUUCCUGCCAAAGGACCAUGUGCAGGAUUUCGCUAAAAUAGAUUCACAAAAAAUCUUAAAUACCAUGAACUUAGUCUGU